AUGCAGGCCCUGCUCUUCCUGAUGGCUCUUGUCUUGCCUUCUGGAGCUGGAGCUGAGGAGAUUGUUGGUGGUGUGGAGUCUAGACCACACUCCCGCCCUUACAUGGCCCAUCUGAAGAUCACCACUGAGAAAGGUUAUGUCACCUUCUGUGGUGGGUUUCUCAUAAGCCGUCAAUUUGUGCUGACUGCUGCACACUGUAAUGGAAGAGAAAUCACAGUCACCCUUGGAACCCAUGACGUGAGCAAGCGAGAAUCCACACAGCAGAAGAUAAAAGUCGAAAAGCAAAUCAUUCACAAAAAUUACAACUUCUUUUCCAAUAUUCAUGACAUCAUGUUACUGAAGCUUGAAAAAGAAGUUGAGUUGUGUCUUGCUGUGCGUGUAGUUCCUCUGCCCAGUCCUUCUGACUUUAUAGACCCUGGGACCAUGUGCCAGGCAGCUGGAUGGGGGCAAACUGGAGUGACAGAUCCUACCUCAUAUACAUAUACACUGAGAGAAGUUGAAUUGAGAAUCAUGGAUGUAGAGGCCUGUAAAAUCUUUAGUGAGUAUGACUAUAAUUUCCAGAUGUGUGUGGGCAGUCCUGGAAGGAUGAGAUCAGGAGACUCGGGGGGGGGGCCACUACUGUGUGCUGGUGUGGCCCAUGGUAUUGUAUCUCAUGGACGAGAAGAUGCAAAGCCCCCUGCAGUCUUCACCCGAAUCUCCCCAUAUGUGUCCUGGAUUAAUAUAGUCCUAAGUGCAAGUAGCUGAAAAGCCUGAUCUGCAUGAGUCAGACUCUCCAAGCCUGAGCUCAUCUGGUACACUUUGGGUUCAACAUAGCCUGUCUCAAACAGUCCCUAGACUGUCCCCAGCUGUCUCAAAGACAAUCUCAAAGAUACACAAAUCUGUGAUGGUAAAGCACCUCAACAAAAACAUAACUUUCAACAGCUGUGUGACUCAACUCUGGAUUCUAAUCACUCUUCCCCUCUCUAAACACAAUGAAGAAAUGAUUUGAGUUACUAUCUUUCUAUGCUAACCAUCUAGAAUCAUUGACUUUCAGGCACAGGUGUACCACAGUGGAUUAAUGAAUAUUAUCUAACAUGCAUGGCUGUGUAAAGAAAGAUUUCACAUCCAGAAUAAUGUACACUGUUCUGUUCUUCUCCUCCACUCUUCUGUCUUCUCAUGGUCUCCCUCUUGUCUCUCAGCUCUUCUCGACACAAACCCCAUGCCUUAGCCACUGCAUCUUUCCACACAUCAUCGUAGAUUCCAUGUCUAGGUCAAACAUGGCUAUUGAUCCUUGUGUCCUCACCACCUACCUUGCCAUCCUCCUCCUUUCAAUAUUGCACCUUCAGCUAGAGGACAGCCUGCCCUCAGAAGUCCUUGGACCAUUACUGUGGCUGUAGCAGCCACAGCAGGAGAGCACCAGCAGUUUCAGGAGCCAACACAGGGUAGAACUAGCUUGUGUUGGGAAGAGACACUGAAGUACUUAACAUGCCACUAGUACUUACCAUAGUGACUCUGCUUCUGAACCACCUCCAUUCAACUGCCAUCUUCCCCAAAGAUCCAGCCUUUCAGAAGAAUGCCCAAGCUGAGUGAACUUCUAAGUGGCCUAUUGUCCUCUUACAAGUCAAAGUCCCCAUUGUCCUUAGUCAACGGAAAGAAUGGUUUAACUACAGGGUUCUGUGAAAUAUGAAGAGGAAGAGACCACACAUGAGGUUUGCUACCCCCACCCCAUGGAGGAUUAAUAUGAUGGGCAUGGCUUUCUGACUCCUGUAAUAUGAAAAAUCAUUGCCAGUACCAGCCUCAGAAUAGAAGCUCAGCACCUUGACCCUUCUCCUGACCUGCUGGCCUCCCUUCUGUGUUUCCAGCCUCAGCAUUUUACAGUAGAGUUGUAAAGAGAAUUAUCAAAGUUCAGGACUCACUAUAAACUCUAUUCUAACUCAGGAGGAAGGAAGCACUAAAGAAAUCUAAAAGGAUAUUUUACAAUUAAAAUCCAGGGUCAUUACUAUCCUGCAGUAGGUGUCACCCUCUGACCGCAUCUGUUCUCCUGCCAUCCAAGGGAUGUUCCUUAUCAGUUAUUUUGCAAAUGAAAACUUUUAGUAGCUAUAGAAACAUUUUGAGGAAGGAAGGGAUGUAACAUUGUGUCACUUUUAAACAAAAACCUGUUUUGAAUUUUGCUUCGUAUUGAUUUAUUUUAUAUAAGAAUUUGCUUGGAGACCUGGAACAAGGACCAUCCUCUUAUGUCAGCCUCCAUUGAGGCUUGCAGUUUGCACCACUGAAGUGGAAACUUAUGUGUUCUUUGGAAAGUCAGUUUUGUUGGAUGGUGUUUUAUUGGGCCAAACAUGUGAAGGAACAUUUUUUUCUGAAGCAGAGCAGGUGAAAGGAUGUUCUGCUAAAGCAAGCACCUGAAAGGACAUGCGAUGAAGGAAUUUUCGCUAAUGACAUGCGUGUAUUGGUCUGCUGUACAUUAUAUAGUUGAUUUGCAUUUGUCAGGACUCAACAGAGAGAAACAUACCAAAAACCUUCUGGAGUGCUGUGUCUUCUUGCUGCAUCUGCACACCCAGGCUGAUGGACAGAAUGAUGUCAGCUGCGACAGAAUCAUGUGGACGUUCCUUAAGUUAGACUCACAUGCUGAGGCAAGACUCGUGGUGAGGCAAGAUCUGUGGAGGACACAUGAUGCUUGGAGGGAGUAUACAAAGGACCUAAGGGAGUGAAGGGAGCUGGAAGCUUGUCUUGGCAAGCUUGGGUUGCCUGUAGAGCUAGUUGUGGAGUGGUUGUUGGUCUCAAGUCUUAGCUGAUCUUCUCUUUCCUGAGAGGGGCAUAGCUGAGAACUUUUCCUAGAGUUCCUGUUGGUCCUGGUCCCUCCUGCUGACUCAUGCCAAUUCAACUGAGGCCUGGCUGUUCCUGUUAGGUCAUGCCACCUCUGCUGCUCUCCUUACACUACCUAACUGGAGAGCUGGUGUAUCUGUAAUGUGUUUGUGAGCAUUAACUGCCAUGGCUGACCUGUGAACUGAACUGCUGAUUUUCUAACAGUCAAGAUGGGAUUUGCUCCAAAGAAGUAUGUCUAACCAGGUCCACUUUCCCCGUAUUCUUUUUUUUUCCAAUUACCUCUAGUGGGUGUUAAGCUAUAAAGGAGGAUAAAGUGUUUAAGAAACAUCAUUAAAAGUAAGCCUUGAAAAAAAUGAAAGUUACACACCACUAUGCCAAGUUUUCAUAGUAUAAUGCAAAGCUACUAAAUGUUAGCUUGGAGUCACAUUUGUGCACAGAAUAUAGCUGAACAUAAAUUACUUCUAGUAUCACAACAUUAACUGUAUCUAAACAAGACACAAUAAUAAAUACCUCUAACCCUUUCUCUUGGGAGGCACAGGGAGGAGGAGCAGGAUUCAAGACAUAGCCUAGUCUACAUAUGGGGUUCAAGGCUAACCUGGACUACAUGAAAGCAUGUCUCUAAUAAAAAAUGAAAGGGGAGGGAGCAGGGUAGAAGGGAAAGAGGACUAAAAGAAGGAAAGAGAGGGAAAGGGGGAGGAAGAGAGGAAAUUAACCCCUCCUGGGUGGCAGCUCCCCCUGACACAGCUGCAUGCACUCUACAAUGUGAUAGCUCGGCUUUCCCAACAGCCUUACAAUGUUGUAGAUGAUUGAUAUUUCGAGCACAUACUGUAAAAAAUAUCAUGCUGUGAAUUGAUAAACGUUUUGAACAGUU